GUGUGUGGGUAGUGUACAACUGUGGAAAUAGCAAAUAACUACAUAACUUUUUAAGGUGAAGUUCGCCAAUCCUACUGCGAGAGGCAGCAAUAACGUGUGGUUGGUUUUUACAUCUGCAUUGACGAGAAGAAGAAGGAAGUGUUUGGUUAGUUUGUUUAUCUACGGGGGCCUGUCAGUAUCCAUUGUCUUAUUUUUCUGCCGUCUCAGCAUUUUAUAAUGUCAAUGGUCUGUGAUCUAUAACCUUCAUCAUGGACAUAAAACAACGGGCCAUUGACAAUCUGAAGGGUCAAGUCGGAAGCGAGUCAUCAGAACCACCUGUACGUCCCAAAGCGUCAGUGUUGAUCCCGCUGUUCGUAAAAAAUGGAGAGUUGUAUGUGUUAUUGACCCUUCGUUCUGAACAGUUGAGGACCAAUGCUGGUGAGGUGUGUUUCCCAGGAGGGAAGAGCGACCCUCAGGAUACAGACGAGAUCCACACAGCCUUGAGAGAGGCGGAGGAGGAGAUAGGCAUACCACCUGAUCAGGUGGAGGUAGUCUGCAGACUACUCGAUCCUAUAGUUAGCAAGGGAGGACUCUUGGUCACUGCGGUCGUGGGAUUCAUAGAUGGGUCAUUUCUUCCACGUCCCAACCCGGCCGAGGUCAGUGAGGUGUUCGCAGUCCCCCUGAAACUGUUCGUCCAGAAGAAGGACCACUCGAUGUUUGGCGCCCCUGGGAUGUUUCUUCACAGUUUCCAGUUUCUUGACUCGGACUCAGGUCGUCAGUAUCGGAUCUAUGGGUUGACGGCCGCUUUUGCGAUAAUAGUUGCUGUUCUUGCUCUCGGUAAAUGGCCGGAGUUUGACAUUGAUCUUGGAAGCGGAUCAUUUGCAGACCGUAUAAAUAGCAGAAUAAAUAGAACAAUGAGUAAAUUAUAAUAUCCUUGAUGGCUGUAAUGGUGCUAAAAGACCGUAUUUAGGCCUCAUUUUAUAUCAUUAUUGUUAAUGUUUGUCUGUAAAGCUGUUGGAUAUUUUUCUCAUGACUGAGGUAUUACAACACUAUGGUUGAGACUAGCUUGCCUACCAAAAGCAAAUUCCACUGACCUUUGUACUUUGGUCAUUAAAGUAACUGACUAUUUUUUAUAUGUAUCCAGUAAUCCAGUAAUAUGCAUAUGUUUGCUUGAAUACAAAGUACCUGGCUACCACAUAGGACCUACCUAUUGCAAAUAUUCCCCAGCCCAGAUAUUAUAAAACACCAGACAGUUGAAAUCUGUAUUCAGUCAUUUAAUGUAGCAGCGAGAUUACAGAUAUAAACAGAAGGGUAUACAAACGACCAGACAAAGGCAAAUAACAUGUUAAUUAGGAUGUUUUAUAACACUAAGGUUGACCUUUACUCCUAUUGCUGGGCCGGAAGGCUAGAUACGAAAGCUGAAACUACACGGAACGGGUACGAUAUAUUUGACUGUUAAAAUAACAUGAACUACAAAGCAAACGGGGUGUGGGGGG